AUGGAGCCACAGCCCGAUCCAGCUCAGACUAUCAGCGCUGACGAGAUAGCUCUGUAUGAUCGCCAGAUCCGCCUCUGGGGAGUUAAAGCACAGGAAAAACUCCGAUCCGCGAACAUCCUCCUCAUCACGUUUAAGGCGCUGGCGAACGAAGUUGCGAAGAAUCUAGUAUUGGCAGGCAUUGGCUCCUUGACCAUCGUUGAUCAUGAGGUGGUGACAGAAGAGGACUUGGGCGCGCAGUUCUUCAUAAAUCAGGAACAUUUGGGUCAAAACCGCGCGCAAGCGGCAGCGCCCUCUGUCCGCGCCAUGAACCCGCGUGUUCAGCUUCACAUUGACACAGAAGACAUCCACCUCAAACAGCCCGACUUCUUCGCCCAAUUCGAUAUCACCAUCGCAACCGAGCUUGACUUUGCUACAUACACCACCAUCAAUGCGGCCUGUCGCAUCGCAAACCGUCCCUUCUAUGCCGCCGGACUGCACGGAUUUUACGGCUUCAUGUUCGCCGAUCUGAUCUCGCACGAUUUCGUCAUUGAGCGGACCAAGUCCAACGUCCCAUCCGCCACGCAGGAAACCCCGACCCGCAGUAUCCUAAACAUCACCACAAAGAAAGAGAACGAGAAGGUCAUCGAAAUGGUGACCAAGCGCGAAGUGUAUUCCCCGCUGAUCCUCGCCAACACCUCGCCACUUCCCGAGGAGUUCACCCGCAUCGCACGCAAGCGCAAACAAGUAACACCUCUCCUCACCUGUCUCCGCGCAUUAUGGGAAUAUCAGAAAUCAUCCGGCGGCGCCCUGCCCACAUUCUCCCACCAAGACCUGGAACUCUUCACGAAGCACGCUCGCGACUGUCACCAGGAACUCAAGCUCGACAUCACUACCCUGGACGCCGGGUUCCUGCGCACUUUCCUCCAGAACCUGGGAAGUGAACUGAGCCCUGUAGCCGCAUGUGUAGGCGGCUAUCUCGCCCAGGACGUGAUCAACGUCUUGAGCGCACGAGAACACCCCCUCCAGAACAUGCUUCUCUUCGAUGGAGAACGCUCCGCCGCUCCCAUCUACCCCUUACAUCCAUUCUUCCCUCCGGAAGUUGAGAACGCCGUUCCACCCGUGGUUCCAGUUGUUCAGGCUAUCCCGUUGGAUGGCGAGCCAGCCCCAGCACUUCAAAUGCCCUCCCGCUAA